UCAGUCGCAAGAUUGAUGCAAGAUCCGCAUCCGGUCGGGAUAAGACGACGACGGAGCUCGAGCUGCCUUCGAGGCCUUGAGCUUUCACGAGUUGGCAUUCGCUUCACGGCGGCUCGUGGGCGCUCCUCAUUUCGAGGAGAGCAUGUGAUUUAUUCACGUUUGGGACGCUGGAAAGCAUUUCGAGUACUGUCGUCAUUCGGUUUAUUUUCGAUGCCCGCUCAAAUGUCGACAGCAAGCAUCGGAAGCAGCACUUCUGGUGAUGGUGACCCAAGUGUGCAUGGCAAUUUAUACUAUAAGAGGGAUGUGUGGGACCACAUGACUCUACUGCGCAAUUUACCCGAAAUCAUCCAAAACCCCCACUUAUGGAGAGUCAUAGAAAGGCCGAAAAAGACUCAUGGUUGCUUCGAUUUUAUGGACUUCGAGCCAGACUUUUGCCUUUCAUUUCUUCCCACGGAAGUGACAAACAUGAUGCUGAUCUACGACAUUGACGAAAGCAUGUGGCCGGUGAAGUAUUUCCCUCAUGAGUAUCGCCUGGGUGGAGGUUGGAGGAAAUUCUUCUUCAAUUAUGGGUUUCCAGUUGGACAACUUCUCGUUUUUGAACUGGUCGAAUACGCAACAUUCAGGGUAAGACCAUAUGGAGUCGUGGGAUCAAGAAUCACGCUAACAGAAGAGGAGAGGCGAAUGAUACCUAGGCGUGCAAGACCAGGUCCCGUUAUGUUGGAAUUUGUGCGGUCUGAACAACGUCCUACAUCAACGCUGGACUCUUCAACUUAAGAACCAGCCUUCAGCUGGCUGCGGCUCAACGAGCUGACGGUCGGAAUCGUACCAAGGGCCCAGAUCAAACGCCAUGUAUCAUCACAGCUUCAUUACGAUGUCAUUCUGAGUCUUGUUGAAAAGUUUUGCCAUUCAGCUAGGACAUCCCUCCUUCGCUUCCUUAUUUUGCAUUGCAUUGUAUCAUGCUGCGCGUCCCCAGCUUCCUUUUAUACUUUCUAAUAAAGUCAUGUGUUCC